AUGAGAAACGAGAAGAACGAGGAGGUGUUUCCGGGUGUAUGGGGCAAGGUGAAAGCUGCACUCUGGCCUCCGGCUUACCUACCAGGAAUGGAAACAAAAUUCUUCUUUUUCUGGUUAUGUAUGAAGGAUAACACUGAGGGCUCACCAGAGAUCAAGCGUCCUUAUGUCCGCUAUGGACCUCCAUUGACGGUACUUCUGCGCCUCUACCUGCUUACACAAUGGAUUCUGCUCGUCACUUGUUUCCUGAAAUUUGACCAGAUUCGUGUGCUCCUCAGUUGGCCUGAGUUUCUCUGUCGAUUUGGCUUUAUAAUCAGUUACAUACAAAUGUUCGGAUACUACUUUGACCACAGGUUUGCUUUGAAUUAUAGAGUUUAG